CCCGUCCGAAUUCCGAUUCCCCAAUCCCACCUCCACCCCACUUGCGCGGUUGCGCCAAUCCAAAUCGCCGCCUCGCACCGCACCAAUCCAUCCCGGCAUCGGCAUGGCCGCGCCCCAAUCGGAGGUGGUGGUGGGGCUGACGGCGACUUCGGCGGCGUAGCGCUCGCUCGCUCGCUGCGGCGAAAUUCGGAGCCUCUCUGUCUUAUCGGAUCUUGGGGGGCGGGUAGACCCGUUUCCGGCGAUCGCCGGCCGGCCGGCGGACGGAUGGACCCCGACGGGCGCCUCCGCCGCGCGCUGGCCGCGUUCGGGGGCGACGCCGACGUGUGGGAGCUCGUCGACGCCGCCCUCACCUCGGCCGCGCGCGACCGACCCGACGAGCUGCGCGCGCGCCGCGACGGCAUCGUGGAGCGCCUCUACGCCGGCUGCCGCGGCUGCGACGCGCGGCGGCAGCCGAGAUCGGCCGAGGCCGCGGCGGCGGCGGCGGCUUCUCCGGCCUCGCCCGAGGAGGAGGAGGCGGACGUGGACGGCCUCGACGGCGAGGACGACGAGGGCGGCGCCGGCGCCGGCAUGGAGAGCAAGAUCCUGGCGAUCAGGGACUUCUUGGAGGACCCCGACCAGUCGGAGGACGAGCUGGUCAGCUUGCUGCAGAGCCUCGCAGACAUGGACAUCACCUACAAGGCUCUCCAGGAGACUGACAUCGGCCGCCAUGUCAACGGCCUGCGCAAGCAUCCGUCCGGUGAAGUCCGGCAGCUUGUGAAGCUGCUCGUCAGGAAAUGGAAGGAGAUAGUGGAUGACUGGGUGCGGCUGCACAACUCCGGUGGGGAUGGUGGCAGCUCGGUUCUAACUGAUGGCGACUCGCCUGAUAAAAUCCAAGGCAGGAACUACCAAAAUGCUCAGGUUUCAGAUUUCAAGUAUUCUCCCAGCCCACAGAGGCACAAUGGUUUGAGUUCAGAGAGAUCUAGCAAUAACAACGGCAUCGAGUCAAUGAUUGAGAAACGCAGAACAAGCCCGGCCCCUGCAUAUCAUAAUAACAAGCAGAAUAGCAGCAUCAGCUAUUCCACUAGUUCCUCCUCUGCUCCAGUUAGGACUAUGAGGGAGCAGAAAGAUACUCUUAUGGAUCUUGAGAAGCUUGAUUCUGCCAGAAAGAGGCUCCAAGAAAACUACCAGGAAGCACAAAAUGCGAAAAAGCAGAGGACAAUUCAAGUGAUGGAUAUCCACGACAUACCAAAGCCGAAAAAUAGAAACGCCUUCAUCCGCAAGGGUGGAGGCGGCCUCCCUGGAAAGCACCGGUGAUCAUCAUGCAGACCUGCAAAUCUGUAAUUUCCAAAAGACCCAACGAGAAUAAAAAGAAGAGGAUGGACUGCUUUUUAUUUGUUUUUCGGUAUUGUACCAUCACUUUUACAUUGGCUAUUUAGCCUAGCCUAUCCUCCGGCAGAUCACUGUAGUAUUUGUCCAAUUCAUGAGGCUAUGCAUCUGGGUUCCCUUAUCAAGAAAAGGCUAACAGACUUACAGUGCUCGUUUGUGUGGCAAUUUCUUCACUUUGAAUGUAGCUUGUUUAAGAUGUUGCUGCCAUUUUCCCAUCACUUUUGUGUACAUCACUGAAUCCUGAAGGCUGAAGGCCAUCUUUGCCUUUGCAACUUCAGAAUAGAGAAAGAAAGAGUAGCAUUUGGUUGUGCAAGAUUAUGUUAACUUGGAAUAUGGAUAUUGUAUAUGCUCACAUUAAUUUGCCUGUAUAUCUGAGCUUCAAAGGCCAUACUGUACCAUGACAAUGCAAUGCUGCCGCAUGAACGGUUUUUUCCUUUUA